AUGCAUAAUGCAAUGGGAUAUGUAAGAGGUGGACAAAAGUGGAUGGAUGCUUGGGAAUUAGAUGAAGGUGCUACGGGUUGGAAUUCUAAAACACUAAUAUCAUAUUUUGAUGCUGUUGAAGAUAUUUUAAAAGUUGUCUAUCCUGCAAAUGAUACACAAGGAUUAGUCGAUGCUAUUUUUGAAGCUUCAAGAUCAACAGGAUUUCCAUAUAAUCCAUCUUAUAAUCAUGGACCAGACAUGCUUGGUAUUGCUAACUUUGUUAUGAGUAUAAAUGAUGUCGAGAGAGAAACGAAACAGCAAGCAAAUUCCAACUAUAAUCGAAUUACUUCAUACGAAAAAUAUCUUCAAUCAUCAAGACCAAAGAAUUUACAAUUGAUUACUGGUCUUCAAACUAUUGGUUUCAAUUUCAGUAACGAUGAGCAUCCUGUAAUGGAUUCUGUUGAAUUGUAUAGUGAAAAACAUCAAUGUAAAUUUUCAGUCGCAGUCAAUAAAGAACUCAUUCUUAGUGCAGGAACAAUUAACUCACCUAGACUUCUUCAAUUAAGUGGUAUUGAAAGUCCACCUGCUUUCUUUCUAAGUGCCGUAUUAUUUGCAGUAGACAAUGAUACAACACACGAAGCAACUUAUAGAAAUGGAACAGGUUCAUUAACAAAUAUUGAAAUGUUAUUUAGUACAGGAAAUAUGAUUAGUAAUUCAUGGCCGAUCGAAUGGCAGAAUUCAUUAGUUUUAUCACCUAAUAUUCAACAAUGUAAGUCACGUGGUACAGUUAUGCUAAUGAAUUCGAAUCCUUUGAUACCACCGGCGAUUGAUGCUGCUUAUCUUAGUGUUGACACAGAUAUGACUCGAGUAAUAAAUUCUAUCUUACUCGGUCGACAGUUACUAUCACAGCCAAGUUUUAAGAAAUGGAAUUUUCAAGAAGUUUUGCCUGGUCCUAAUUAUCAAACUCGUGAUGAACUUAUUAAUUGGAUUCGUGGAAAUGCUACUACAGGAUUUCACUAUAUUGGUACAUGUAAAAUGGGAACAGAUAAAUUGUCUGUCGUUAAUCCACACAAUAUGAAAGUUUGGGAAGUUGAAGGUUUGAGAAUUGUCGAUGCAUCGGUAGCUCCAGCUUCGUUUUCUGCCAAUACACAAUCGUUAACCUAUGCAGUGGCAGCACGAGCAGUUGAUCUCAUUGUGACAGAAUAUAAACUAAAACACAACUCCAGUCAUUAA